UUACUCAACAGUCAAAAUGUAAAAGGUGGCUUACGUUAAAUGACAGCUUGAUUCAUCGCCGUUUCUCUCCCUCCGCUCGCGCCCGUCAACACAGCUGAGCGACAGCCAGUUGUGUGGGGUUUCAGACUUUCAGUCAACCAACAAUCUUUUUCACAAUAAAUUUGGGACUAAUUAAUUUCAGCGAUUUGGGAGUAAAUUACACUUAAUCAACUUCAUUAUGUGUGUCAUGGAAGAAUGAAAGCUGCCCAGUUCACAAAAACUGGAUCUUGAUGCAGGGUUUAAGCUUUCAGCUACCCAGUUAGCCUCUGAGUUUCAAGAAUUGCCCACUAGGCAGAGGUUUAGAUGGCCGAAUGCUGGGAUGAGAAUCACGACAUUGGUAGUACAUCAGAAGAGAGCUACCAUUUCGAUAGACUGCAUAUAGAGCCUAUAUAUGAUGCGUUCAUAUGCCCGCUAACAAAGCAAGUAAUGCGUGAUCCUGUAAGCCUCGAAAAUGGACAGACUUUCGAGAGAGAGGCGAUUGAGAAAUGGUUCAAGGAAUGUAAAGAAAACGGAAGAAACCCCGUUUGUCCCUUGACACAAAGAGAGCUAAGAAGCGCAGAGCUUAACCCGAGCAUGGCUUUGAGGAACACCAUCGAGGAAUGGAAUGCCCGGAACGAAGCUGCUCAGCUCGAUAUGGCUCGUAGGUCGCUAUCCCCGGGAAGCUCAGAGACCGAUAUUCUUCGAGCAUUGCAUUUUCUCGUGCAUUAUUGCCAGAAAAGCCGGUCGAAUAGACACGUAGUUCGUAAUGCUGAGCUGAUACCGAUGGUUAUUGACAUGUUAAGGAGCAGCAGUCGGAGGGUUCGGUGCAAGGCUUUGGAAACUCUUCGGGUUAUGGUCGAGGAUGAUGAUGAUAAUAAGGAAAUAUUGGCCGAGGGUGAUACUGUUCGGACAAUAGUAAAAUUCUUGUCACACGAACAAUACAAAGAUAGAGAGGAAGCCGUGUCUUUACUCUUUGAGCUAUCCAAAUCCCAGACAUUGUGCGAAAAGAUGGGUUCGAUUAAUGGAGCAAUUCUCAUCCUCGUUGGAUUGGCAAGCAGCAAAUCGGAAAAUCUUGCAACUGUUGAGAAUGCAGAGAAAACGCUGGAGAAUCUGGAAAAGUGCGAAAGAAACGUAAGGCAAAUGGCGGAAAUCGGUAGAUUACAGCCUCUUUUAACUGUACUACAUGAAGGCUCGUCUGAAACCAAGCUUUCAAUGGCUGCAUUUCUCGGGGAGCUGGUCCUUAACAACGAUGUGAAAGUCUUAGUAGCUAGGAAUGCCGGUUCUUCCCUGAUUGAUAUCAUAAAGUACGGUAAUCGGGAGGGUAGGGAGGCGGGUCUGAAAGCUCUGAACCAAAUCUCGUCUUAUGAGGUUAGUGCCAAGAUCUUGAUCGGGGCAGGCAUACUUCCCCCACUCGUCAAGGAUCUCUUUAGUGUUGGUUCGAAUGCACUUCCCAUGCGGUUAAAGGAAGUCUCUGCAACGAUUUUGGCAAAUAUCGUAAACUCGGGUAAGGAUUUUGAUUCCGUGCCUGUUGGUCCCGAGCAUCAGACGUUGGUAUCGGAAGACGUGAUUCAUAAUUUCCUGCAUCUUAUUAGCAACACCGGGCCUACAAUAGCGUGCAAGCUUCUUCAGGUUCUCGUCGGGCUCACGAGCUCUCCGACCACAGUGUUCAGUGUCGUUUCCGGGGUUAAAAACUCAGGUGCUACUGUCAGUUUGGUUCAGUUCGUCGAGGCUCCACAGAACGAUCUUAGGCUCGCUUCCAUUAAACUUCUUAGGAAUCUUUCUCCGUACAUCGGUCAGGAACUAGCGAGCUGCUUACGCAGCUCAUCCGCCCCGCUUAGUAGCCUAAUCAAGGUCAUAUCGGAGAGUCUCGGGGGUAUAUCCGAGGAACAGGCGGCAGCCGUUGGGUUUUUAGCCGAUCUCCCGGAAAGAGACACGGGGAUAACGAAGCUGAUGCUCGAUGAGAAGCUCUUCCAAUUAGUCACGUUGAGAAUAGUUGGGAUCCGACAGGGAGAUACGAGAGGGAGCCGGUUUGUAACCCCGUAUUUGGAAGGACUAGUGAAGGUUCUUGCAAGGUUCACUUUCGUUUUGUCGAGUGAACCCGACGUUCUUGAACUUUGUCGGGAGUACAACGUUGCUGCACUUUUCAUCGAUCUUCUACAGACGAACGGGCUCGACAACGUGCAAAUGGUAUCCGCCUCGGCCUUGGAGAAUCUAUCCCAAGAAUCCAAGAAGUUAUCGAAGCUACCCGAGUUGCCAAAGGCGGGUAUUUGCGCUUCCAUCUUCCCGUGUUUAACCCGCCCGCCCGUGGUAACGGGACUCUGCCGGGUCCAUCACGGGACAUGUUCGCUAAAAGAAAGCUUUUGCCUAGUCGAAGGGCAGGCCGUGGAGAAGCUAGUCUCCCUCCUCGACCACAACAACGAGAAAGUGGUCGAGGCAGCGCUUGCAGCUCUGUCCUCCCUGUUAGACGACGAGGUUGACAUCGAAAAGGGGGUCGAGGUAUUAUGCGAAGCAGAAGGGUUGAACCCAAUACUCGACGUGCUACUCGAGAAGCGUACCGAGAAUCUGAAGAGGAGAGCAGUUUGGGUAGUCGAGAGGCUUCUGCGCAAGGACGAGCUAGCCUUUCGAGUUUCGGGCGACCCUAAUGCUUCCACAGCGCUGGUGGACGCUUUCCAGCACGGUGAUUACAGGACUCGACAGAUAGCUGAGCGCGCCCUGAAGCACAUCGACAAAAUCCCGAACUUUUCUGGUGUUUUUCUAAGCAUUCCACAUUAGAUAUCCACUGCUAUGGCUCUUAGAUGCAUAUGAAUUGGUUAAGAUUCUGUAUAUAAAUUGCUUCCCAUUUUAUUCUAUGUAGAUUAGUGGCAGUUUCUCUGCAAUGUCUUAUUCAUUUGGUAUUUUGGUAGCAAUUUUACUCAGCAGGAUUAUUGUACUAGCUAGCUAUAGAAAUUGGAAUGUACUGUAAUUUUUUUGUUUGAAAAAAUAAAAAAUAAAAAUUUUGAUUUAUUAUUGCU